AUGGGGGAGAGGACGGGAGAUGACAGAGGAGAGGAGGGAAGAGGGGAAGAGGAGGGAAGACAAGUAGAUGAGGGGGAGGAGGAGGAUGUAGACAUUGGUGGAGACAUCGAGUCUAUGAGCAGUGGAGAUGAUGAUGAUGAUUCCUCAGAGUCAUCGAGCAGGGACGGGGAUGAUGAUGAUGAUAUGCUGGAGCUAGAGGAUGUUCUUGCUACAGAGGGGGCAAGAGGAGGACAAGGUGGUGAUGGAGAUGAUGAUGAUGAUCCACAGAUUCUCAGAGCACGGAUUCAGAGUCUAGAGGACGAGCUCUACCAUGAGGAUGUACCUGAGGGACAGAGAGCUCAUAGCUUUAGUAAGGUUAGAGGUCAUUCUAGUUCUAGUAGGAAUUCUACACAGAGGACCAGCAGUGGUGGUGUCAUGGGUCCACCUCGACAUCUUGGGGAAGGAUCUAGCAGGAAGGAUCCACCUGUUGACAAAGGCAAUGUGGGUUGA